AUGGGGCCGCAGGUCUCCGUACCACAAGCGCAAAUGAGGUCUCGCAGGACAGGAGAAACGGCUGCAAACUCGCUUCAGCGGACGGUGUCGGUUCCCGUAGAUGAUAGUGUGGGCGAGGCGAAAGGUCAGAAAAUACCAACUCGAUAUACAGUCCGCCAGUUCCAAAAUAAUUUGGCGAGCGCCAUCGCCAAGAAAGACGUGCAGCGGUUUUAUAGCCUUCUUCAAAAAUACAAUACGUGUUGUAACACGGGACGAAUUAUAGAUGCCAUUGAGGGCAUGCCGUCGGGUAAAGCGAUCCCCAGUAAGAAAAAAAAUAGUGCUUGUGCCGUAACGGCUUCCGACGAUGCACGUUCCCUUGUUGAUCUGGUAGUGGACUUCAGGACAGGCUAUACAAUGACGCAUCUUGCGGUGAUGUCAGGGGAACCAGGAUUUGUAGAGAGCUGUCUCCGUUUUGGCAGUGCUGUGCACAGCUACGAGGACUUAAAUGGCGACACAGCGUUAAUGCUAGCGUUAUGGGUACAGCCAGGAAUGGCUUUUGAGAUGUUGCACCGCGGGCAAGAUAUAAACAUUGCCAGAAUAGACACUCAUGGAAGGAAUUUGCUGCAUUCCGCCGUCAACGUCCAUAUGGAGUCCACUGAAUGGCCAGAACGGCUCGACUUCAUUAAACUACUUGUGUCGCUGAAUAGUGAGAUGACAUUGCUGAGGGAUCCGUUUGGGUAUACACCUGCAAUGUGGGCCCUUGAGCAAAUCGAAAACUUCAGUAACAAGAAGGAGGGGAUGGAGAUUGUAUCGUUCCUUAAGGAAACAGAGAGAGCAACGAGGGCAAAGGCCAAGGCGGCGCGUGCCAAGAAGGAAGAAGAACGAGAGUCGCUUGCUAGAAAGGCGUCCGAAGAAAUACCCUCCAUGCACUCCGAGAUGCGACUAUCGGACCAUGUACGGUUUGUCUUGGAGGGCCCACAGACCCGUCUCAUCUGUAUCGCACUUCUCUUGUUUUUGCACAAUAUUCUGUAUGCCUGUGACAUGGCUGACCGCCGGAUGGACGCACAGUACCGUGACGCCUAUUUUGACCUUUGGUUCACCGUUUUCAACAACAUUGCCUCUUGCUGGAACGGCUCCGCCUUCUUUAUGGGACUAACGCACGCCUUGUGCGCUUUUGGCGCUGCUAUCAUAUUUUGUCUUUUUUUUCACUACGUGGUACAUGGGUUGCUGUGCAAAAAACUUUUACGUCUGCCAAGCUGUGGUGCCCAAUCGGAAGCGGAGAAGCGUUUCAUUCGAAAAUCAUUCGGAGCCUUCUAUGCCAAAGCUUGCAAGGGUUGCGAGCGUGGCAAAUAUUUCGCGAUGACUAUGGGUGCUGUGGUCGGUGUGUAUACGGGUGCAAAACUGUACAACUUCAUGCUGCAUCGUAUCUGGCCAGGACAGUUAUCGUGGGCAUUGAUCCAGCCGACACUUGGUGGCCUUGACGCUGUAACGGCACUACGUGGCUUCUGGUUGACAACGCUCAUGAUCGAUUGGUACAUUUUUAUGUUUGUGUUCGACCUCAUGUAUCAACAGGGCUCUCUCAACAUAUAUUUACCACACCACACUUUUAGCGGGUUUGCAGAAGACUUGAAUGCGAUGGUACGUCAGCGAAAAAAGAAGCUCGUGGAAGGGGAUAUCUACAUGGUGCGCAUGGCGCUUUACUGGGUGUUGUUAUUGCUAGGUUGGUCAGUGAUUGCAAUGGCUUUCCUCAUCGUAGAGUUACAUCAAGGUCCUGCAAAGAUUGUCUUCUUGGAUCCCAUCUUCGCAACGUCAUGGCCUGGCGGACCAGUGGCUGUUGCCAGCCUAUGCAUUCUUCUUGAGUGCAUCAUCAUUUGCCAGGAGUGGACCUGGCCUACAUUUCAAGGGCACCCUUACCUGCAGUUCCCUGGGCUGGUUAUUACGACACACCAUGUGUGGUUUCUCAUUUUGGUGUUGACUGUUUUGUUCAGCCUUGACUUGCGCAUAAUAUCGCAGCACGUGAAGCUGCUACGGGAAGAGACAGGUCGAUUAUCAUCAAAGGACUCCGGAUUACUCUUCCUGUCGCUACUCCCAGCCAUUAUUGGUUUUCUCACGCUUGCACUGGUAACUAUCCGGUCUUCACUCUGGUGGGAAUCUAGAGGCCGGUGUGGUGAGAAAAUUGCGCUGUUUGCGGAGCACAUGUGCCUGACGCCAUGCCCCCUGCAGGAUGAGGCGGCCGCACUGUUGGCGAAGCGCGCCGAGGAGCAGCGCAGCGUUUUGCUUUCUCGAUCGCUGGUGCACGAGUCGGAGGUGAAGAGCGCGCGGGUGAGGAAGGAGGUUCACUCGGCCAUUAUGGACCUCGAGGAAGAUAUACUCGCUGUGCCGCCCGAGACGGCGGAGCCCGACAAGGAGACCGCCGGAAGCGCGACACGUAAGAAGCAGCAGUCGACGUGGAGCUCGGUCCUUCGGCGCCUGUAUCCCGGCGCUAGCCGCAGCCGGAGCCGGAGCGGCAGCAGCCGCAGCAGCAGCAGGUCCUCCACUGCUUCAGCGAUAUCCCUGGACGGAGAGGACAGGGAAUCUCCGCAAAAGCAGCAAAAAAAGUGUAUGGAAGAGCAAGAACAAAAGGGAUAA